AUGGCUUCGACACCGACACGUAAUGACCGUCGAACCAUUCUUCACCUAGAUUACGACUGCUUCUAUGCUUCGGUGUUCGAAGUGGAACAGCCAGCAUUGAAGUCCUUGCCGCUGGCUGUGCAACAAAAGCAGAUCAUCGUGACAUGUAAUUACGAAGCUCGACGGCGGGGACUGCAUAAGCUACAGCUAAUCAAAGACGCCAAGCGAAUAUGUCCCGACGUGGUAAUUGUCCUAGGCGAGGAUUUGACCAAGUUUCGCGAUGCAUCAAAGGAUCUCUACCUUUUCAUUCGCGCCUUCAUCUGGGGCGGGCGAGUGGAAAGGCUAGGCUUUGAUGAGCUUUCUUUGGAUGUCACCGAGAUGAUUGAUUAUAACGUGAACUUAUUGAAUCCGAAUGAUCUAUCAACUUCAUUUUUCCAUUUGGAUCCCAAGGACCCGACGAUUGGAUUUGCCUACGACGCGACCACAUUUAUGGGCUUGACAUCCCCAGGGAGGACCAAGGAGACACCAGUUUCUACACGUGACACGUCUUCCCUGGAAAUGAAGUUGGGGAUCGCGUCGCAUCUGCUCAAGUAUCUCCGAGAGAGGAUGGAGCAUGAGAAAGGCUUCACAGCUACAGGAGGGGUUUCCACCUCCAAACUUCUGGCAAAAUUAGUAGGAAGUGUUCACAAACCCAAUAACCAGACUACUCUGCUCCCACCAUACUCAGUAGCUGGAGAUGACACUGAGAGCAAUGUGACCCAAUUCAUGGAUAACCAUGAGAUCCGCAAAAUCCCCGGGAUAGGAUCACGACUUGCCCAGAAAUUGAGAACUCGCGUUACAGAGGUGAGUUCGGGAGAAAAAGAGGUUACGGUCCGAGAUGUCCGUCUAUAUCCAGAAAUGGGCCCGGCAAUGCUCGAGAAAACGCUGGGUGGGCCCGGUGCGGCCAAAGGAAUUGGCAUGCGCAUCUGGGGCAUUCUGCACGGAGUGGACAAUACCGAAGUCCUCGAAGCCCGAGAUUUGCCGACUCAGAUCAGUAUUGAGGACUCUUACGGCCGUGGCCGAUUUGAUACCCUGGAGAAUGUACGUCGUGAGCUCGUGGUUCUUACUGCAAGUCUGAUCCGGCGCAUGCGGACAGAUCUCCUGGAUAAGAGCGAGGAAACCUCGCGGUGGCUGGCCCACCCGCGAACUUUGCGUCUAUCUACGCGGCCUCGCAAUGCUCCCGAGACUGACGGGGUCCGAACCUACAAUGCCAAUCGUAUCUCUCGGUCUGCCCCUCUCCCGGGGUUUAUCUUCAAUCUGGACGAGAAUCUGGAUGCACUGGCCGAACGACUCGUUCAGGAGAGUCUUUUAAGCAUGUUCCGGAAACUCAAUCCUGAGAAGUCCGGGUGGGAUCUGAGUUUGAUCAAUGUGGCUGUGACCAACUUGGUGGAGAGUGCGGGAGAUCAAAAGCAAAGUAGCGGCCGUGACAUAGGCAAAAUGUUCCGACAACAAGAAACGGUGCUCAGGGAUUGGACGGUGGGGUUAGGAGAUGCAGGAUCCUGCGCCCCUGUUCCACAACCGGAGAUACCGGACCAGACAGAUAACGGGGUUAACGAUCAGCCAGAAUGGGGUGACGAAGACGACGAAGAGGAAUCGUUGUUUAGUGUUCAGUGUGAGAUCUGUUCCGCUGCGAUUCCCCAUUUUGCACAGCUAGCACAUAGAUUGUACCACGAAUCCAUGGAUUGA